AUGAAUACCCUUUCACACCACUUUUUUCUGUCAAGAAUUUCUCCUACGCGUAGCGCCCGUGCAGCAUCUCUGACACCAUCCACACAAACUCCCUCAGAGGUCACUCGUAUUCAGAAGCCGGUACAACCUAUGGCUUCUCCGCAACCUGAUCCAGAACGUGAUCUCGAGAUCGAUACAGCUGCUGCAGAGGCAGCCGCUCGAGCCGCUCGCCGCGCCAGGCGUCAAGCCCUUUUAGCCAAGGACUCCGGGUUAGCUAGUGCCAAUAAGAGCGUCAGCCCCAGCCCUGGGCCUAGUAGUGCGGUUCAACCGCAACCUGUUGCAUCUGUGUCUGAUACACUUCAGCCCCACAGUGCUGUUGAUACUUCCGCAAGUUCAGCAGCCGACACCUCUAAAGUGAGGCAUGAUUCAAUGAGUGAGGUUCUCUCCAAAAAAUAUCUCGCGUGGAUUAAUAUAUUGUAUCAUGCAGGCAAACGAGAUUCACCAUCUCCACAACCAGACGAUAGUAUCUUUGAACUUGCUAAGGACGAGGACGAUGAAGAUGUUCGUGCGAAGAUGCAAGAUGGUGCACCAGAUCAGAUAUCUGCUGCCGACUAUGACCCCAGCCUAGAUCGCCGAGAGGACGAACAAAGGCGAGUACUCAAAGACGAACCCAUGGAUGUAGAAACUAUCGAGGAAGAGGAGGAAGAUGAAGAAGAGGACGAUGUCGAUGACAUGUUCACAGCAGCUAUAACCGAGAAGAAGCGAAAGAAAGUCAAGAAAGUUGUUAAGAAAGCAGCACCCACCCUUAUCACAACGACGUUAGACUCCGCCUCAGACCAUGAGAGUCAUUACCAAGUUAUCCUUGGUGAGCAACUUGAUGGUGGUCGGUACCAGGUCUUCUCUUCUCUUGGAAAGGGAAUAUCUUCCAAUGUUGUCCGGGCACGCGUUCUUCAAGAUGCAGAAACCGGUAAAGAGGUGGCUAUCAAAAUCAUCAGGAGUCAGGAAUCUAUGCAUCGUGCUGAUCUGAAGGAAGUGCAGAUAUUGAACAAGUUAAAACAGGCUGACCCAGAAGACUAG